AUGUCGGAUACACACAAGGAAAUGGACGCUGUGCCCUUCUCCGACGCGGAAAAGGGCCACACGCAGGCCCCCGUCGAGGGCACCUCGCAAGUCGUGUCCAAGGACGCCGUCAUCUGUGAGCCGCACCCCGACUUCAUGACGCGCAACGGCCUCAACGCCGAGUCGUUCAAGAAGCAGCACUACGGCUGGGGCAUCGUUGAGCUGGAGCGCCCGAUGAAGGCUCGCCAUCUGAACAUGAUUGCCAUUGGCGGCUCCAUUGGCGCCGGCUUCUUUGUUGGCUCGGGCGGCGCGCUGGCAAACGGCGGACCGGGAUCGCUCUUUGUCGACUUUCUAAUCAUCGGUGUCAUGAUGUUCAAUGUCGUCCACGCGCUCGGAGAACUCGCCAUCAUGUACCCUGUCUCCGGCAGCUUCUACACCUAUUCAGCCCGUUUCAUCGACCCCUCAUGGGGCUUCGCCAUGGGAUGGAACUAUGUCCUGCAAUGGGCGUCGGUGCUACCGCUCGAGCUGACAGUGUGUGGUAUUUCCAUCCAAUACUGGAAUGCCGAUAUAUCUGUCGGCGUCUGGAUUGCCGUGUUCCUCGUCGUCAUCAUCAUCAUCAAUGUCUUUGGCGCCCUGGGCUACGCGGAAGAAGAAUUCUGGGCAUCCCUGUUCAAGCUGUGCGCCAUCGUCAUCUUUAUGAUCAUCGCGCUCGUCUUGGUCUGCGGCGGCGGCCCCUCGGGCGGCCGGUACGACUCGUACUGGGGCGCGCGCUACUGGUAUAACCCGGGCGCCUUUAAAAACGGCUUCAAGGGAUUCUGCUCCGUUUUCGUGACGGCAGCCUUCUCGUUUUCCGGCACGGAACUGGUUGGCCUGGCUGCCGCCGAGUCUAGCAACCCCGUCAAGACCAUGCCCAGCGCCAUCAAGCAGGUGUUUUGGCGCAUCACCCUCUUCUACAUUCUAGGUCUCUUCUUCGUUGGGCUCCUUAUCGAGGACACGGAUCCUGCCUUGCUGAAUGCGGGAGCUUACAAUGACCCCAAGGCGUCGCCGUUUGUCCUCGUGGGCAAGUACGCCGGCCUUGUCGGAUUUGACCACUUUAUGAAUCUCGUCAUCCUUGUUUCUGUCAUGUCUAUUAGUGUCUCGGCUGUUUAUGGAGGUUCGCGGACGCUUACCGCCCUCGCACAGCAAAAGUACGCGCCCAAGAUCUUUACGUAUAUUGAUAAAUCUGGCCGACCCCUGUUCUCAGUCAUUGUCAUUAUCCUCUUUGGCUUUAUUGCCUUUGUCAGUCUGAGUGCUACCGGACCCGUCGUCUUCACGUGGUUGCUCUCCAUCUCCGGUCUCGCCACCCUCUUUACCUGGGGUUCCGUCUGUGUGGCUCACAUUCGGUUCCGCAAGGCGUGGGCUUACCAUGGUCACACCGUCGACGAAAUCCCAUUUAGAGCUGCAGGUGGAGUGUACGGUUCCUGGCUGGGCCUUUUCCUCUGCGUCAUCGUCCUGAUGGCACAGUUUUACUCUGCGAUUACGGCACCACCCGGAAAGUCCGGCAUGGCGACGGCCGAGACCUUUUUCCAGCAGUACCUCGCCGCUCCAGUCAUUCUCUUCUUCUGGGCCAUUGGCUACCUCUGGAAGCGCGAGGGCUGGUUGCGAACCCCGCAGAUCGAUGUUGACACAGGACGUCGUGAACUCGACUGGGACGCCAUUAAUGCCCACAGAGCCAAGUUGGCCACCCUGCCGGCAUGGAGACGCCUCAUCCACAAGAUGUUUUAG